AUGGGAUCAACUGCGUUCAAUUCCCCAGCGGUUGAACAUGCAAGCGGGCUGCCAUACUUCACUCCCGCCAACAAUGCAGGAGCCGCUGUUGACCCACAAGCCUCAGAAACACCAACCCUUUUCCGCCCUUUAAAAAUCCGAGAUGUCACAUUCAAAAACCGAGUGAUUGUAGCACCAAUGUGCAUGUACUCGGCACAAUCCGAUCCCGCUUCCCCUGCGGUAGGCGCUCUCACGGACUAUCACAUCGCACACCUUGGCCAUUUGGCCACCAAAGGCGUCGGCUUGAUAUUGAUUGAGGCCACAGCCGUCCAGCCCAAUGGUCGCAUUUCACCGAACGACAGUGGACUCUGGCAAAAGGGUACCCAGUCGGAGCAAUUCAAGGGUCUGCGCCGUGUGGUGGAUUUCGCUCACAGCCAAGGUGCUAAGAUCGGCAUUCAGCUGUCGCACGCUGGCCGAAAGGCUAGCACCGUGGCCCCCUGGCUCUCGUCCCAAGGUAAAAAGCGGAGCAUCAAAGCCGACGAGAGCGUGGGGGGUUGGCCAGCCAAUGUGGUUGGCCCCUCUGGCGGAGAUGAGCAGAUCUGGGCGCCGGGGGAUCAGUUCUGGGCUCCUCGCGAGCUGAGCACUGCCGAGGUCGAAGAGAUCGUUCAGGCGUUUGCGCGGAGUGCAGAAUUGUCCGCCCAAGCCGGAGUGGAUGUGAUUGAAAUACACGGUGCGCAUGGGUAUUUGAUCCAUCAAUUCCUCAGCCCUGUCACAAACCGGCGAGUCGACAAAUAUGGCGGCAGCUUGGAGAACCGAGUUCGAAUUGUAUCCGAAAUUGCUGCCGCGAUCCGUGCUGUUGUUCCAAGUGGGAUGCCACUCUUUCUUCGAAUCAGCGCCACGGAGUGGCUCGAGAAUGAGACCGUCGCAGCCCAGACAGGAAGUUGGGACAUGGCCUCCUCCAUCGAAGUGGCCAAGUUGCUGCCUGAAUUGGGUGUAGAUUUCCUAGACGUGAGCUCUGGAGGAAAUCACAAAGAUCAACAUCUUGAGCCUCAUACGAAUUACCAAAUCGAUCUUGCUGCCAAACUUCGCCGCGAGAUCCACGCUGCUGAUCAAAAGACGCUCAUUGGCGCGGUCGGGUUCAUCACAGAGGCUGAAUUUGCGCGCGACAUAGUUGAUGGAGCGGAAGAGGCCGAAGGGACUGAAGCAAUGCUGUCUGGCAAGGACCCUAAAGCGGACGCGGUCCUGCUGGCUCGUCAAUUCCUUCGCGAACCGGAAUGGGUAUUGACUGCCGCAAAGACACUGGGUGUCAAGACUACGGUGCCCUGGCAGUUUGCCAGAGGGUUGCUGUGA